ACCGCGCAUGCGUCAUCUGUCUCCUUCAUUGUGCCCCUUAUAGACGCUGCUAAGCUAAGCUAGCUGUCAAUCCCCCUCAGCAGCAUCAGGCUCCAGGCUCAGCAGACUCCCCCUCCUCGACUCUACAGCUACGCACAAUGGCCGUCCCUCCAGCAUACUCAGACCUGGGCAAAUCUGCCAAGGAUAUAUUCAGCAAGGGCUACGGCUUCGGAGUCGUGAAGCUGGACCUCAAGACCAAAUCACAAAGUGGAGUGAUGGAGUUCAACACGUCCGGCUCCAGUAACACAGACACGGGGAAGGCCGCGGGGAGCCUGGAGACCAAAUACAAGAUGAAGGAGCUCGGCCUGAGCAUCAACCAGAAGUGGAACACAGACAACACGCUGGGCACCGAGGUCACCGUGGAGGACCAGCUGACUCAGGGACUGAAGGUGGCCUUGGAUACUUCUUUUGUACCGAACACGGGUAAGAAGAGUGGUAAGCUGAAGGCGGGCUACAAGCGCGACUUCGUGAACCUGGGCUGCGACGUGGACUUCGAGGGUCCCAUCAUCCACUCGGCCGCCGUGCUGGGCUACGAGGGCUGGCUGGCCGGAUACCAGAUGGCCUUCGACACGGCCAAGUCCAAACUGGUCCAGAACAACUUCGCCCUGGGGUACCGGGCCGGGGACUUCCAGCUGCACACCAACGUUAACGACGGCACCGAGUUCGGCGGCUCCAUCUACCAGAAGGUGAACGACGAGCUGGAGACAGCCGUCACUCUGGCCUGGACCGCCGGCAGCAACAACACUCGCUUCGGCAUCGCCGCCAAAUACAAGCUGGACAAAGACGCCUCUCUGUCUGCCAAAGUGAACAACGCCAGUCUGAUCGGAGUCGGAUACACUCAGAGUCUUCGACCAGGUGUUAAGGUGACCCUCUCAGCCCUGAUCGACGGGAAGAACUUCAACGCCGGCGGACACAAAGUGGGGAUGGGUUUCGAGCUGGAGGCGUAAACGAGAGAACAUCCAACGAGGAGAAAAAAAAGAGCCCCCGAACAACGUCACCACACACUCCUCCCCCCUCCCCCCUCACACACACACACACACACACACACACACUCCACCUCAUGUAGCCUCCUCACACAUUUCAUGAGCGUUCUGACAGGAAGAGCCGAGUCUCAGCUUCAUGGUUACCAUCCUGAGAGGAGUGGUGAGGGGGAGAAGUGACCGUUCUGGUUUUUCUUGAUAUUAAAAGUGACAUUAUUUAUUUCCUCGUAGGUCGUGGUUGUAAAUGUUUAGCUCUUUAAAGCUUCCUAAAGCAUGUGAGAAAGAAAAGACGGACGCGGCGCUGAAGGCGUGGUUAAAAAUGGGGCCGAGUGUCUGUUAUGGUUUCGUUUGUUGUUGUUUCUGCUGCGUCGUGUGGACCGUUUAAUCCACAUAGGACAUUACACGUGAAGGAGUCACUGAAGCGCCGGUGGAGGAUGCGUGAAGGAUAUUUGGGCUCGCACUGCUUCACAGGAACACGUAGUAGAGCGCGUUGCAGAUGCUGCGAAACGAUCUUGUAAUGCUUUGUGACUCUCGUAGGUGAAAUCAAUGUAGUGGAAUCUUCCGGUAGCUUGUGUAGUUAGUUUGCAUUUCUACCAUAUUGUUUUCAUCUAUCGGCUUCGGCUCAGCGGUCACAGAGAACUGGAGGACGUUCGGCAUCGUGUUGUCUGGUAGGCUCAGAGGUUUCCUCAUGUGGCUCGGGGACGGCGCUCGUUACUGUCAGCUCAAAGAAGCUCCUCCUCCUCCUCCUCCUCCUCCUCCUUCUCCUCAGACGUGAACAGACGUACAGUUUGAUCGUCCUCCGAGUCCAAACACUUCUUAGGGUUCCGUUCCAGGUCGUUGUGACUCUCCUGUUUAUUUAUGGUAAUCAUGGAAACGUGUUUCUCCAUCUCAGCGUGUUCUCAUGGUUACACAGCUCACUUUUCUUUGUCACUUAGACACAGUACCUCAUUUUUUUCCAAUGUCAAUCAAGGGAAUUAUAAUAAUAAAAACAAUAAAGAAAAAUCUCUGGA